GUGCUUGUUUCACCUGAAGGGGAUUCUAAGGUGUUUGGUUUCAGUCUCCCCUUCCUCCAAUACAUCAACCUUUUUUGCAUGACACGUCCUGCAGCGUGGAGCUGGUCUGGCCAGUUUUUGGUCCAUGUUUUUGAAUACUCCUCAGAGCAGCAGAGAAAGAAAGCAUUAGGUGUGGCAGACAGCUGUUUUCUGCUGUGGCUCCUGAAACUGUAAGCGUGGACUGAAUAUUAAGCACCUGACUAGAGGGAUGUUUGAAUGAAUCUGGGAUCAUCUCACCAGGAAAAAGACUUUUCACCUUGAGGCUUCAGCAUCUCCACCAUGUUCUCCUCCGCUGUGCCUUACAAGAAUCAGCACUAUUCCCACCUGAAGAAGCACCACAUCCAGACCAAGACAUUGUUUGAAGAUCCGGAGUUCCCAGCCACCAAUUCCUCUCUGUUUUACAGCAAACCGCCUCCUGGAUAUGUGGAGUGGAAACGACCAGGGGAAAUAUCGGAAACCCCACACCUGUUCAUAGAGGGCAUCAGCUCCCAUGACUUGAACCAGGGCGUUGUAGGAAACUGCUGGUUUGUUGCUGCCUGCUCCUGUCUGGCUUUAAAACCAGACCUUUGGAAGAGGGUAAUUCCUGACUGGAAAGAGCAGGAGUGGGACUCAAAGCACCCAGAGAACUAUGCUGGGAUCUUCCACUUCCAGUUCUGGAUCUUCGGGGAGUGGGUAGACGUGGUGGUAGACGACCGGCUGCCGACGAUCAACGGAGAGCUCAUCUACUGUCACUCAAAACAGAACAAUGAGUUCUGGAGCGCUCUGCUGGAGAAGGCCUACGCCAAGCUCUCUGGCUGCUACCAGUCCCUGGAGGGGGGGAACACCGGGGACGCUGUAGUGGACUUCAGUGGAGCUGUGUCCGAAUCCAUCAGCCUGGAGACAGAGCAGUUCUACAAUGAUCAGAACAAACAAGAUGCAUUUUUUGAAGAUCUUCUCAAGGUUUGGGAUCGUGGAGGAAUCAUCAGCUCCUCCAUCAGGGCAGAGUCGCAUGAAAUUGAGAUGAAGAUGCAAAACGGGCUGGUGAAAGGCCACGCGUACUCUGUAACCGCAGUGAAGCGAGUGCGUUUGGGUCAUGGGCUGAUUGCCUAUUUCAAGAAUGAAACCAUUCCUCUCAUCCGCUUGAGGAACCCCUGGGGCAAAACUGAGUGGAAAGGAGCAUGGAGUGACAGCUCUCCAGAAUGGGACAAAGUCGGUGACACAGAAAGAAGCAACCUCGGCAUCACAGUGGAGGACGAUGGAGAGUUUUGGAUGUCAUUCGUAGACUGGUGCAAGUUCUUCACCGAUACAGAUGUUUGCCGUCUUAUCAACACCUCAGUGAUUAGCAUCCAUAAGACCUGGAAUGAGGUGGUGCACUUUGGAAGCUGGACCCAAAACAGAGAUCCCAUGCUGAACCGCUGUGGCGGCUGUGCUAACAACAAACAGACGUUUCUGCAGAACCCACAGUAUUUGUUCGAUAUUACCAAGGAAUCAGAUGAGGUCCUAGUCUCCUUGCAGCAGAAGGACAUGAAGAUCCACAGAAGACAUGGUCAAGGAGAAAAUCUAACCAUUGGCUUCAGCAUCUUAAAGGUGGAGCUGAACAGGAAGUAUCGGCUGCACGACAUCCUGACACAACAGGUUCUGCAUACCUCCACCUACAUCAAUGCUCGGACAGUGUUUAUGAGAUGCGUGCUGCCUCAGGGCCGAUAUGUCAUCAUCCCCACCACCUUUAGGCCUGCCGUACCUGGCGACUACAUGCUGCGACUCUUCACAGACCUAGACUCUGGCUGCCGGCAGCUAGUGAAGGACCAGCCAAAGGUUAACUGCUGGAGUCCGAUCGUUGGAUAUCCUGCUGUUGUUUCCCACAUCUAUGUGAAAGGAGCUGAGAUCCAGAGUGAAGACCAGGCAGAUAGUUUAGACCCAUAUGUGAUCAUUUCCUGCGAGGGUCAAAAUGUGAAGUCUACCGUCAUCAAGGACACUUUGAAACCGGAAUUUGAUGUCAGUGGUAUUUUCUACAGGAAGAAGGUCAGAAAGCCCAUCACAGUGGAGGUGUGGAGCAGCAAACUUGGGAUGGACAAAUUCUUGGGCCAAGUGGUUUUGUCCGGGUUGCCCAAUGACAAUUCUAACCCUCAGCGGCUACAGCUGAAGAAGAGCGGCGAUGAGAAAGCAGACGAUAUGCCCGGCAACAUCUCUUUGAGGAUCGUCACAACGAACCAGCUGGCUGCCAUAUAACAAGCCAGGGCCUUCAUCAGCCUUUCUAACUUAACUUAGUGUGAAAAAGGAGCUCCAGCACCGUCCAUUGUUAGAGUUUAAAAUCUUUAUUUUAAGAAGGUCAAGAGGAGAAAUAGGAUGCUUCUGGGUUUUUCUUUGAUUUCUUUUUUAAACAUGUUUUCUUCGACUUAUAUUGUUAUAUACAUGUGUUUUUGGUAUUAGUAUUUUUUAAUGAAAAUAUACUGUGAGUAGCAUUGAAAGUACCACUAUGGAUACUGUUGGUGACAUUAAAUCUUAAAUAAUCCCCGCCCCA